UUUUUUGUUGUGUUGUGGUGAGACCUGCUGCCCAGUCACACCUAUCCUAGCCAUUUUAAUUUUUCCGGUUAUUUUUAUGGGCGUCUCUCAGUGCCAUCCCGAGAGAGAGAGAAUUAAAUUAAAAACCUCUGUUGAAAGCGGAAACCUUCCAAGGGGUUCAGCUAACGGAAGUUCGGCUGAUCUGUGGAAAUAGCAUGAAAAGAGCCCGGAAGGCGGGUACUGAGAGAAUCGAUUCAAGUCUAUCACAUGAAUCUGUGUAGCCGCCGCUGCCAUCAUCACGUCGCCGUUGGGUGAAAGGUUGAGCUAAGGCGGGGGUGGAGUUGUGCGCACGCUCGCGCGGUCGAUCGGAGCGGCCUGAGGCCCAUGUGGAGCAGCAGCAGUUGUCGCUUAACCGUCGCUGCUGGAUCAAGACCUCGGGGCCCUCGGCAGCUAUGAAGGGCCGGAUCGAGCUGGGUGAUGUGACGCCACACAACAUUAAGCAGCUGAAGCGGUUAAACCAAGUCAUCUUUCCUGUCAGCUACAAUGACAAGUUCUACAAGGAUGUGUUAGAGGUUGGCGAGCUCGCCAAGCUGGCCUAUUUCAAUGAUAUUGCAGUGGGUGCAGUGUGCUGUAGAGUAGAUCAUUCUCAGAAUCAGAAAAGACUGUACAUCAUGACGCUUGGAUGUCUGGCCCCUUACCGAAGGUUGGGGAUAGGAACUAAAAUGUUGAAUCAUGUGUUAAACAUCUGUGAAAAAGACGGCACUUUCGACAAUAUCUAUCUACAUGUCCAGAUUAGCAAUGAGUCAGCUAUUGACUUCUACAGGAAGUUUGGAUUUGAGAUCAUUGAGACGAAGAAGAACUACUACAAGAGGAUAGAACCAGCAGAUGCUCACGUGCUGCAGAAAAAUCUCAAAGUCCCUUGUCUUGGCCAGAACACAGAUGUGCAAAAGUCUGACAACUGAACAAAACCCAAUGAACACUUUCUUGCACUUUCUUGUCACCAAAUAAGGAAAGAGAGGCCUGGUGUUUGUUUUUGGUUUUUUCCUUUCUCCUAAUGUGUGUUGUAUCCUCUCCAACAAAUUAAUUACUUCCCAAGGAUUGUCAAAUUGUAUGUUUGGGUUCUGUAGCUCUACUUCUUUGCAUUCUUUGGGAUGGAAGUAGUAUGCAGUUCUAGUUGGGGUGGAGCCUUCAGUCGGUCUUCCAAAGGUCAGUUAUUCUUCGAGGGGUGAUCCUCCUGCAUUCCCAUUGAAGGGCAAAGUUUAAGCAAUACCUUGCAUCUAGGCUCCUAAUACCAUACUGCUUUUUAAAUUUGGAGUCUAUUGGUCUCUAGUUCUGAACUUGGUUUAACAGAUUUGGCCUUGUUUACUGUUUGAACAUGCAUCAGUCUAGAAGCUGAUUCACAGCAUUUGAGCUGCCAUCUCUCCGUUGUGUUUUGAGACAGUGGUUGAUGAGAAGAUUCAUCUUGCUGAGCAGUCAGCAUUUGUCAGCUUGCGGCCAACUGAUGCAGCGUUUCUUGACUGAUGUAGGUGAGGAUUCAGAGUGGGCUGUGCCAUCUUCCACUCUUUUCCCAUUCAUUAUAGAUAUUUUACUGGCAACAGAACAACCUAUGGCUCUGGCGUCAAUGGAGGAGCCAAACAUUUAAGAUUGCUAAGAAGGUCAGUGUGUGACUCUUACUUUAAAAAAAAGAAGAAAAUAAGAAGGAAGGAAGGAUGCUUUGCCUUGGAAAUGGCUCUGCUGGUUCGAACUCUGCUUGCUUGCUGAGAUUAUACUCUCUCUAAGAUAGAAGAUGAUCAAAACUGCUUUCGCCUCUACACGUCUGAAGACUUGGCACUCAUCUUGGAAGAAUGUUCAGAGAGGAUGUUGUGGAAUACCAGAUGAGAGUGGCUUAUUGGGGGAGCAUUGUAAGGAUUCAUAAAAUAUCUGGCUUUCUCCUGAUAUUGUAAUGUAAGAACUGUAGCCUACUUUACCAAGCUCUUGCUUUGUAUUUUGUUAUGCUUUUGUUUGCAAUUUCAUUUUGAGCUUCUAGCAUUCAGUAUGACGAUGGCAGCUUAACAUUACAAUUCUUCUCCCCGUUUGGGGAAAUGUACUGGGGGUCAGGGGAGGAGGGAAUCUGCCCCAUCACCUAAAUCAAUAUUAAACUGUAUUUCUUUCCUGAUUUUGAACUUUAACUGUAUUUUGCGCUUUUCUGCUUUAAAAAAUCUUUAUUGAGGGUGGGGGUGGGGGCAUUACAGUGUAACCUUGCUAGCAGAUGUUGUAAUUUCACUGUGAUGCUGAAUUGAGAACCAAGAAGAUAAAGACUAGGAAAGUUCAAGUAAUUUGCAAUAUAAUGCAGCCUUUAAUUGCAGAGAAGUCAGGAAACGAGGCUAGCAGAAUAUCCUGAAAUGAGUGCCUGACAUCUACUUGUUCAUUAUGUGCAUAUUUUCUACACAACUGCAUUUCUUUUGAUCGAACAACCGAAAGUUCAUCCUUCAGAAUCCUUGUGCCUGAAAUAUUCUUGUAUUGCUUCUCUGGUCAUAGUUUGCUAAAUUUUAUAUUGUAGUUCCUGAAGAUUUGUUUUCAUUCUACAAAGAUGUUGAAGCACAUCUAAAUCUCAAGUGCCAACACUGCUUCCCUGAUCAGUUGUAGAUACGGCAAGAAGUUCAAAGUGGGAACUACUGCACUGGAGAACAUAUACAUAGCCCAUGUCAACAUCAGCCCAUAGUUGUCUUCUGGUGCUAAGGGAACUGUGUGCCCUCUUUUCUUCUUCUUUGAAAUUGGAUGGUAGAUGUUUGAAUUAGGAGCAGAGAGCUCAAUAGCUUCUCUUGAUCUACAAAUCACCUUCUUUUUAGACUUCAAGAAAGCUCAUACCUUUUUGUUUAUUAAAAAAAAAUUAAUCACCUGUUCUGUGAAUGUAUUUCACAAUGUUUCCAUUGUGCAGUCAACCUUCCUUAGUGACUAUGUUCUACAGGAGUUGGGAGGAAAAGAAAUUGGAAAUCAAAGCUCCGUGAUGAUCAGUCCUGCCAGUGGUUCCUUGCUUAAAAAGAACACCGGUUUGAAUCCUAGCUCCUUAAGCUGUAUCCCUCUGCUUGAGCAUGGUGAAGAGCAGCAGUUUAGAUGGUUGGUUCUUGGGAGUGCUGCAAAAGUUUGCUAGUUUGGGGGGAAAUGUUUUGUCUUCUGAAAUAGUCAAGCGGGGUUGUCUAAAAUGGGUGUUUAAUACUUCAUGCGAUUUGUCAGUACUUUCUAUUCUCUUGCAGAUUGGCUCAUGUACAACUAUAGUAAUUGGGAGGUUCAGUUAACGAUCAGCAGUGCUUCUCUUGUAGAGGUUUGCAAGGAGUAUGCAUGUAACAUGAUUUACAUAUCCUAUAGCUGGAUAAAUUUAAAGGGGCUCAGCACAAUACAUUUUGCAUCAGAUAGCAGGACUAUGAAACUGCUGAACUUCAUAAACAAACUUUUCAGUAUUGGGUAACAGUGAUAUAUGCAAGAAAAACAAAAGAAGCACCCAAGACAGACAUCCUUUACUUGGCAGGGAAGGGGGAAUAUUUUUGUAUACAUAAAGUGGCUGGGAUUACUUGAUUCAUUUAAUGAUUAAAAAUGUCCAUUAAAGAUGACAUACUGUUAUAGCUGAAAUAAAUUCUAGUUCUGUUUUCAUUAA